AUAAACUUAUGGAUGAAGGUAAGUAUGUAAUAGGUAUAUUUUUGGACUUAGCCAAAGCCUUCGAUACUGUCAAUCAUAAUAAAUUGAUUGACUGUACGGAGGAUCUAGGAAUAAGAGGAAUAGCUCUGGCUCUAUUUAAAUCGUACUUAAAUAAUAGAAUACAAUUUGUGCAAAUUGAAAGCGAGCUGAGUCAGGGGCAAAAAGUUAUGACUGGAGUACCUUAAGGAACAGUUCUUGGUCCAGUCUUGUUCUUAAUAUAUAUUAAUGCAUUACUUACACAUGGUUUCAAUGCAAAUAUCUCAUCAUUUGCAGAUGAUACUGUUAUUCUCUUUUCUGGUAAUUCCUGGUUCGAUGAAAUGACUCUUACAUUAAAUUUAGAUAAAACUAAAUUCUUAACAUUCUCCUGUAACAAAAGUAAUUGUUCAAAUUUUCAAUACUUAUCUAUACCUCUUGAUAAUGUAAAGUACACCAUCAGAAAUGUUAAAUCAAUUACUUAUCUCGGUAUUGAAAUCGAUCAGCACCUCAAAUGGGAUAUACAUGUAAAUAAAAUUAUAAAAAAAUUAAUAUCAAUACUAUUUACUUUUAAAAAAAUGAGAAAUAUUCUUCAAACUAACGAACUAAAAGUUUUAUAUCAUGCACUGGUUGAAUCCCAUCUACAGUAUGGUAUUUCGGACUGGGGAGGCAUGUAUACGUGUCACUCAAAAAAUUUGGAAGUUAUUCAAAAGUUUUUCUUAAAAAUAAUAUAUAAGAGAAAUAAAACUUAUCCGACAGAAAAUCUUUUCCAAGAAACUAGUAUAUUUAGCUUGCGAAAAUUAUAUUUUUAUAGAAUGCUGUGUCUUCAACAAAAGAAUAAGCAACAUUUAAAAUCAAUCUCCCACAUUCAUAAUAUAAGGCACAAAAAAAGUCAGAAUUUGAAACCGCAAGAGCCACAAAAUCAAUUGGUCAAAAAGCAUUUUACUUUAUUGCACCACGUAUUUUCUCAAAAAUUCCUCAUUUUAUUAAAGUUUGAAAUUAUUUUUACUAUAAAAAAAAAAUUAAAAAUUUGGUUUCAACAACUAUCAGAAAAUGAUAUUCAAAAUAUGUAUACAAUUUCUAAAUAA